CCAAUCGCGUAUCACGAAAAAUCUAGCACCAAAUUUGUAUUUUUGUACACGAGCUACUUCUUCUUCGAGGUUUUCAAAGAUGAUGGAUGCUCUGUCGGUGGUGAGCCAGCUGCGGGACCUGGCCUCUGAACCGCAGAACCGAGAGGUGAUUGUCCAGGAUCAGGGCUGUCUCCCCGGGCUGGUUCUCUUCCUGGACCACCAGAGCCCAGAGGUGCUCCUUGCAACCCUUCAGACCCUGCGGUACUUGGCUGAGUUGUCCCCCAACAUCCCCACCAUGAAGAAUGAACUGGGUAUGAUGGUGAGCUUGGAGAAUCUCACUGGGAGGGAGAACCUGUCUGUUGACAUCACAGCGUUGGCUCAGGAGGUGUUUGACAUUCUGAGCGCACCUGCUAAUCCUGUGCCGCGUACACCUGAGAGGCAGAGGAGUAAGAAAUCCCAGUUCUUUAUCAACUCCAGCAACAAAAAGGCCAAGUCUGUCACUCUGCACAUCCAGGGGCUGGACAGCACUGACCAGCGAGGCUUGUGUGAGGAGGCCCUUCUGAAGGUUAGAGGAGUGAUCAGCUUCACCUUCCAGAUGGCAUCUAAGAGAUGCACCGUCCGCAUCCGUUCAGACCUGCCCACUGAGAGUCUGGCAUCGGCCAUCGCUGCCACGAAGGUGUUGUCGGCCCAACAGGUGGUGAAGAAUGAGGCAGGAGAAGAGGUGUUAAUCCCUCUGAACCCAUCUGGAGUGAAAGUUCAGCAAAACUCAGCUUUACCAGACUACCUCCCAGAGGAGGAGGAGAGCCCGGAGAGGGAAGUCGACAGAGCAAUUUCCCGCACGACAGCAAAGGAAGAUUCAAACGGAAGCUGGCUCAACGCCGCUGCUAGUUUCCUCACCAAAACGUUCUACUGGUGAAACUGACGCAGUUUGAUUCCUUCAAACCCAGCUACGCAAAAAUUGCGUAAAAGACUAGAGCUGCUGUGUAUGUUACUGGAGUGGACAUUACUGGAUGUUAGCACACCAAAACCCCACACUGUGGCUUUGUGUGUAUCGUCUGAACUUGAUAAAAUUUCCGUCAGUUCUUUUGGAAAAAACACAAAUUAUCAACUUGUGCAAAAGCACUUCUGACUUCAUCUGUUUGGUUGAAUCGAGGCACACACACUUGAAAAAUAUAUUUUGUCUCUGGACUUACAUGAUGCUGUUUUCUAUCAACUAUUCUCAUUCAGUGUAAAUAUUUUCUUUGUCUUUCCUUUUUGGUCAAACUGUCCAUCUUCCCUCUACAUGUAAAAAAAGUUUAAAGAUUUUACUUUUCUGUACACUUAGAAAAGUAUUUUCAGUAUAUCCUGCUGUUUGUUGGUGGUUUUGGUUUAUACUAAAAUAAAUGU